UCAGUCAGUCUCAGCCACACCGCUCGUGCAUCGGUAAGGGUAUUUACGUAAAUUGUAAAAAAACCCAAAGAGAGAGAAUUGAGUUCUCCCUUCUCCACCAAGCACGACUGUGUGUGCCUAUUAAGCAAUUUCCUCAAUUCAAUUUACAUUUCGAUUCGAUUCUCUUCUCUUCUCUACUCGUCUUGAUCUCUGAUUGUCUCCUCCGUGAUGUUGGUUUCGAGAAUCUUGUCGCGAGUUUCCCGCAGCGCGGGUCUGCGCUCUUCUCUCUCCGCCGUCACUCUUCAGACGAGGAACCAGACUCCUAUCUUCUCGAGCCGGUAUCACUCCCUCGUUCGCGACUACUCACACAAGCUUGUUCCAGCUCAGGUGUCUAUGGAUUCGUUUGCACUUCAAAGGUUCUCUUUUGCUUCCUCUACCUCACCUGAAUCAGAUGAGAAGAAAAGCAACACUGAGGCCUCGAAUACAAGUGAAGAGAAAGCUGCAGCCGAGGGAAAUGAAUCAGGAAUUGAUUCUGAAUCGAAAGAUUCUGUGACUGGUUCUGCAGAAAGUAAGCGGAAAAGUGCUAAACGAGCUGCUGCAUCUUCUAGUUCAGAUUCUGAGAGUGAUGAUGAUGAGUUGUCAGUGGAUGAUUUGGUGAAGCUCGUAGCUGAGAAGGAAGAGCUACUGUCUGAAAAGGAUGAACAGAUUAAGCAAAUGAAAGAUAAAGUUCUUCGUACUUACGCUGAGAUGGAGAAUGUCAUGGACAGAACAAGACGUGAUGCUGAGAACACCAAAAAGUAUGCCGUACAGAAUUUUGCAAAGAGCCUUUUGGAUGUGGCGGAUAAUCUUGGAAGAGCUUCUUCGGUUGUCAAAGAAAGCUUCUCAAAGCUUGACACUUCGAAAGAAGAUUCGACUGGAGCUGCGCCAUUAUUAAAGACCCUUUUAGAAGGAGUGGAGAUGACUGAGAAACAGCUAGCUGAGGUAUUUAAGAAAUUUGGUAUGGAGAAGUAUGAUCCUACAAAUGAGCCGUUUGAUCCAAACAGACAUAACGCAGUGUUCCAAGUCCCUGACCCUUCUAAGCCAGAAGGCACAGUUGCUCAUGUCUUGAAGUAUGGAUACACGCUCUAUGAUAGAGUUAUAAGACCAGCUGAGGUCGGUGUUACCCAGGGAGGAGAGAGCGAAGAAGAAAAGAAAGAGUCUGAUGCUUAAGAAGAAGUUAGUUGGUUUUCAUAAAUUUUGCUACGGUUCUAUGUUUCGAGUUCAUGAACAUCUUCUCGAGACUUUUGAGUCAUAGUUUUCUCUUGUGGUUUGGUUAUUCAUUAGAUGAACAAAGAUCUCGCAUAAGCUGCUUGACAUGGCAUUUGCAGGAGAAAUCCUGCUUCUGUGUCCGUUUCCUCGAUCUCCCUGAAGCUUUAAUUGCAUGGGAAAAUACAAUUUUACAGUUUUAAUUGAUUAA